UCUUGUUCCUCGUAACAACGCCAACAGAAAGAUAUUGAUUUAUUUGACAGAGCAACCUCUGAAGAAUGUGACAGUGUCAAUUAUUCUGGGGAUUGUCAAGUGCAGAGGAGAGACCACGAUGCAGACACCAGAGACUGUGUCGGACACAGGUUCAACAGUGACUUUACAGACAUCUGUGGCUGGCCAAGCAGCAGUGCCCACGCAGGUAGUACAGCAAGUACCAGUACAGCAACAGGUACAGCAGGUACAGACCGUGCAGCAGGUACAGCAUGUCUACCCAGCACAGGUGCAGUAUGUGGAGGGAAGUGACACAGUCUACACAAAUGGAGCUAUCCGAACAACAACUUACCCUUACACAGAAACCCAGAUGUAUAGCCAAAACACCGGGGGGAAUUACUUUGAUACGCAAGGAGGUUCUGCACAAGUGACAACAGUGGUCUCAUCUCAUAGUAUGGUGGGCUCUGGAGGGAUUCAAAUGGGUGUCACAGGAGGACAACUCAUUAGCAGCUCUGGAGGGACCUAUCUGAUUGGCAAUUCAAUGGAAAAUUCUGCUCAUUCAGUGACUCAUACAAUGCGGGCCUCCCCAGCUACAAUUGAAAUGGCGAUUGAGACACUGCAAAAGUCUGAUGGUCUGUCCACUCACAGAAGCUCUCUUCUCAACAGCCAUCUCCAGUGGCUCUUAGACAACUAUGAAACAGCAGAAGGAGUCAGUCUCCCCAGAAGUACGCUUUACAAUCAUUACUUACGACACUGUCAGGAGCACAAGUUGGACCCAGUCAAUGCUGCCUCCUUUGGAAAACUCAUAAGGUCAAUUUUCAUGGGGCUACGGACCAGGAGACUAGGCACCAGGGGGAACUCCAAAUAUCAUUAUUAUGGGAUUCGUGUCAAGCCAGAUUCUCCUCUUAAUCGGCUACAAGAGGACAUGCAAUAUAUGGCUAUGAGACAACAACCCAUGCAGCAGAAACAGAGGUACAAACCUAUGCAGAAAGUGGAUGGAGUUGCAGAUGGUUUCACAGGAAGUGGUCAGCAGACAGGCACAUCUGUUGAGCAAACAGUAAUUGCCCAAAGUCAACAUCAUCAACAGUUUUUGGAUGCAUCUCGAGUACUUCCAGAGUUUGGAGAAGUUGAAAUAUCUUCUUUGCCAGAUGGUACUACGUUUGAGGAUAUCAAAUCACUGCAGAGUCUUUAUAGAGAGCACUGUGAGGCAAUAUUGGAUGUUGUAGUGAAUCUUCAGUUUAGCCUGAUAGAAAAAUUGUGGCAAACUUUCUGGCGCUAUUCUCCCUCCACUCAAGCUGAUGGCACUGCUAUUAGUGAACCGAGCAAUCUGAGUGAAAUAGAAAGUCGACUUCCGAAAGCAAAGCUGAUUACUCUGUGCAAAAAUGAGACUAUUCUGAAAUGGAUGUGUAACUGUGACCAUGUGAUGUACCAGGCUUUGGUGGAGAUUCUCAUUCCUGACGUCCUUAGACCUAUUCCUAGUGCCUUGACCCAAGCCAUUCGCAAUUUUGCAAAAAGCCUUGAAGGUUGGCUUUCCAAUGCCAUGAACAAUAUUCCACAGAGAAUGAUACAAACCAAGGUUGCCGCUGUAAGUGCCUUUGCCCAGACUCUGCGAAGAUACACAUCUCUUAAUCACCUGGCUCAGGCAGCUCGUGCUGUGCUUCAGAACACUUCUCAAAUCAACCAGAUGCUCAAUGACCUCAACCGUGUUGAUUUUGCCAAUGUCCAGGAGCAGGCUUCCUGGGUAUGCCAGUGUGAUGACAACAUGGUUCAGAGACUAGAAACCGACUUCAAGAUGACUCUUCAGCAGCAGAGCACUCUGGAGCAGUGGGCUGCCUGGCUCGAUAAUGUAAUGAUGCAAGCAUUGAAACCAUAUGAAGGAAGACCCAGCUUUCCUAAAGCAGCACGGCAAUUUCUGCUAAAAUGGUCUUUCUACAGCUCAAUGGUUAUUCGAGACUUAACCUUGCGCAGUGCUGCUAGCUUUGGCUCUUUUCAUCUGAUCCGACUGCUUUAUGAUGAGUACAUGUUUUACUUAGUAGAACACCGUGUUGCUCAGGCAACAGGAGAAACACCUAUAGCAGUUAUGGGAGAGUUUGGCGACUUAAAUGCUGUUUCCCCUGGAAAUAUGGAUAAAGAUGAGGGCAGUGAAGUUGAAAGCGAAAUAGAUGAAGAGCUAGAGGAAUCUGGAGAGCCACAAGCCAAGAGAGAGAAAACAGAGCUAACCCAGGCAUUUCAGGUCUUUUUCCUACUAGUAGUUGAAUCUGCUGCUCUUAUAAAAGAUAACUUAUAGAAUGCAAGGAAUGUAGCAACCUGCAUCAUAUUUACUUCAAAAAUAUUUCCUGGUUCUUAAAGUAAGUGGAUUUAAAUUUUUACAAAAAUUAAAUAAGGCAGUGUAACUGGCACACCUCAUUUGUACUUAUUCCCAAUUGUGUAGAAUUUGAAUAGGUGGCUAGAUGGACCAUUGCCAUUUAAGAAUGUACAUCAGGGAUCAUUGUACCUCGGCUAUUACAUGGUGCCUUAAACAGAACUGAAGCUAAGAUUUAGUACUUUUUGUUAUUAAUAACUCUUAAAUUCAUUCAACAAGGUGUGCCUGUCAUUUUCAAAUUCCCUAAGAAGUAAGGGCAGGUUACAUAUUCUUCAAAGAAAUAAAGGAAAUUUUUUAUUACUAAAUGGUGUUAAUAUCCCUCUUAGAGUGACAAUAAACCUAUUUUUUCUUGUUUCUAGCUGAAUUUCACUUUAUUACAAAUAAGAUAUGCUUGGGGAUCUGGAAAGCAAAACUAGCUUUAAUGCCAACUUCAAAUGUUAACAAAGUAGGUUAACCCCAGCCCCAAGCAUGGUUAUAUAUUUUCUAAACCCUUGUCUACUUUUAAUUUUAGAAAGUAAACAAAAUGAGCAGGUAUUUAAUGCAGAGCAUGUUUUCAAUUUGUAUGUGUGGUGGGGUGUCAGUCUGCAAUUACGUUUAAUGGCUAAAUCAUAGAGAAUGUGUGUACAUCCCAUUUUAAUUGACAUGAAACAUCUCACAAGCAUGUGUGAUUAUUUUAUACAUUUCAUUAUAUUUAAAACAGGCACACAAAUCUACCCAUUUGUAAUAGUGGAAAUAAACAAGCAAGCAAAAAAGCCAAAAAUGAAGGAAAGCACACAGACAAACAUUUUAGUUUUAUUGAAAGGGCCUGUUGGGGAAAAAAAACUAAGAAGUUAUUUAGUCUGGUUUAUUUAGUGUGUCUGUGGACUGAUCUUUUUUACAUGUACCAAAUGGCUGAACAGCAUGUGAGAUGAACAGUAUAUUUAUAGCAUACAUCUUUCUUGCUAGAGUUUUCAUAUGCUCCAAGAACUGAUACAGAUCAAGUAAAUUUUCCUAAUACACUAGUAAACAUUUGUAAUGUAUAAAAUAAGUAUAAAUUGCUUAGCGUUAUACUUUGCAGAAUUUGGGGCCCAAUUUUACAUGCUCUACUGUUCACACCAGUCAAUGGGUGUUUUCCCUGAGUAGAGUGCAAGAUAGGGUUUGUCAUUUACAGUAUUUGAAAUUUAUGCAAGCUCUAAGUUUCAUAGGUUUUGUUCACCCAGAUAUCAUUUCAGUGUCCUGGUUUGUUUUUUUCCAUACAAAAGAGCGUGUCUGCACCCCUCAUUUAAAAAAAAAACUAAGCUGUGAUAAAUAUUUAUUCCCCUUCAUUGUGCAUUAUGAACUGUUUACAGGUUAAAUUAAAGAUAAAAAUAACAAAAUAUUUUCCAUUUUCAACGUAGUUUCUUUUAAUGCUCUAAUACCGAUGUUCUGAAUUGGACCAGCUAUAUUUACUGGUUUCAUCUUUUGUGUUGGCAAACCUUAAAUGUUUUCUUGUCAUUGUCCUGUAUUGUUUUAAUGUUCGACUUGCUCAUGCUGAGAGAAAAGUGUGAUUGUAACAUGCAAAUUUGGAUUACUAUCAGAGGUGGAGCCUGUAAACCCUCCAUGAUUCAACUUCUCCCCCCAGUUGUUCACUGUUCCCACUGUGCAAAAAAUAAGAGUACAUACAAAAAUGGAAUGUAUUUCACAGUUUGAACCAACAGUAAUUUUUAUGCCUUAGAUGAAAACCAGAACGUUAGUUAAAUCUGAGAAUCUAACAUGCCAGAAAUCCUAAUUAACUAGAGGUGAUCUGAAAAAGUGUUAUUUAUCAAAAUAAAUUGGAAUCAUGGCAUGUUCAGUUAACUGAAUGAAAUAGAGUUUGUAUUCCCAUGUUUAUAAUUUGAUUACAGUGUCAAUUUUAAACAACAUUUCUAUCACUUUCUUACAAGAUCUCUCCUUUAAUGAAGUAAAAUACUAUGUAUAUUUACACGUUUGGGUGGUGUUUUGUGGGUUUCUGGUUUUGUUUUUUUACAUUUAAUGGAGUUGUAAUAAAUCAAACACUAUGUAUAUAAUCAAUCAAUUUGCACACUUUUGCUAUUUGUUAAUAUAUGGGCACGGUUAAUGAUUUUUGGUAAAAACAGAGAUUUAAAAUCCCUGUCUCCAGUUCUGCAUUGUGUAGCAUGUGGCUGGACUUAAGUGCCAACCCUUAAGCCCACUAACUUCAUUGGUGCUCUGAGGGGGUGCAGCAGUUUGCCCAUAUGCUACAAAUUGCAGGGUCAGUGCCUAUGUGAUUUGUGGAGUUUAUCUGAUCCAGACACUGAUUUCAGAAUAAUUAUUUUAAAAAUAUCCCUCUCCCCCUUUAGCACAAAUAAUGCAGUGAGCAAUAUGGGGGGUAUUGUUGAACCACUUUCUCAAAACACAGGGCCCAAUUUUCACAAGUUUUUAUAUGUAUGCAAAGUUGUUGGUCCAUUUUUCAUUGUACACUAGAUUUAAAAUUACUUUUUGUCUCUCCAACUUGCUAUUCUUUUUCUGCUUACUCUUGUACUGUAGCAUGUUUAAUGCAUCUUUGUUGAGAUAAUAUUCCUUACACAACAUCUGGAGAAUCGUUUUUAAAUUGUUUACCUACAAAAUAAGUGAUGUGCAACAUUACUGCCUUGAGUUUCACAAAUGGGUAAAAUCAAUAAAAUGCUGGUGUAUUGUCAUUCAGGAAUGUAUAGGUCUAUAUACAAAUUUGUUUAAUUUAAACAAGGUAUUUUUAAAUGUCUGAAACACUGCUAUGUUCAAAUUAUUUUCAUUUGAAGACCUUAUCUGAUAUCUUUGUGGUUCUUACCAGACGUCAUCUGCACUGUUUAGGAAAACACAUAUAUUAGUUUAAAAUGGAUUGCAGUUGUUUCAUUUACAGAAGUGGUUUCACAGAACAAAAGAAUCAUUUAUAGCCAUAAAAAGAAAUCAAUAAACUCUGUAAUAGUAGAACUCAUUUUUACAGUAAUUUUAGAAUUUGAAAUAUUAAUUUGGGAGAGCAGUACUAAUUCCUGAAAAUUGGGCCCUUGUCUCUGUGGAACAGGACAACCUCUGUAUACAUGGUUAAAAUAAGUCAAUGAAUGGAAUUAUAGUAUCUCUGAUACUUUGGUGAUUUAAAAAAACUGGAAUAGAAGCAUAAACAUAGUGCUUAUUUCUAGUAUUAGAAAAUUAAUUUGAUGUAAUGCCUUGCAUUAACCCUUUGAGCAUUGUAAGUCACAUGAUAAGGGGAAAACCUUUUCAGGUAAUUUAAUUAUUAGGCUACUGAAGAUAUUGUAUACAUCUAAGUGUCUGGUUAUGUUGCAACAAAUGUUUUUUCCCCAAAGUAAAUACUUGCAUACUAUAUAGACUUUUGAAUUUGUUGGCUUGAUUGAUUUAGGCUAAAAUAUUCACUGCCAUCUCUGUAUACUGUCUACAGCAAAAUAGUACUUCAGCUCCUUUAGUUUCAUAAUUCCAUAAAUAUUUAAUGAAGGAGUCAAAUAUAUGGUCCUAUAGAUACAAGUUGUGAAGUACUUAAAAUGCCUUUAAAAGGUGGGAGUUUAGCAAAAAGGGUUAUUUUUAGACUAUUUUGAAAAUCUCAUUAGGGUAGCAUUGAAAAGCACCAGUACUGUAAAUGAAAAUCUUUAGGAAUAAAAACAGAACAAAACUGUCAUAAUAAGUAAGGAUGAAUUUUGCAGGACAUUUGAGAUGUUUGCAGUUAAAUUUUCUGCACAAUCUUUUAUAUACGCAAUUGCAAAAAGAACAUAAUUUUAUUUAUACCACUUCAACAUUUUGUCACUGUGAAAUGGCAUAUGGAUAACAAAGAAGAUAGAGGCACUUGGUUCAAGUUCAUCUGUGAAAGCACUUUUGGAUGGCCCUUACUGAGUGUCAGAAUUAAAAAAAAAAAAACCUAUAAAUUUGCACCUGCAUUUUGGCAUCUGAAAAAAAACACCUUUUUUUCUCACAAAUAAAUUGUGCACACAAAAAUAAGGGCACAAAUUUAGAAGUGGGUGGAGACUCUUUGAAAAAAUAGUUCUAAAUGUCACCUUACUAUAUGAGAAUAUUGUAGAUAUUGUACUGGUUCCCUGCAGUAUCAACCAGUGAUCACCAUUAUCUGCAGCUGUGCUUGCUUUAGUCUAGCUGAGUGCAAAAAAGUCUCAUAUUAAGAUGUUUAGUGGAAUUACAUCAGUAGUGUAGUGCAGAUAUGUUGUAAACUUUUUUAGUCAAAUAAACAAUGCAAAUUCAUGCAUAAUUAAAACAAAUGCAAUACUCAAAGGGUUUUAAUUUAACAAUUUUUUUAUUCAUAAUUUACUGUAAAUGCUUCUCAGUUUGCAUGCCUUGAUCAUUGCUGCUAGUGAUUUUAUGUGCCAGUAGACCUGAGUUUAAUUUACCAAUUUUACUUAAAAAAUAGUAAAAGCCACUUACAAAGUGACUGCCUUUUUUGUUUGAAGUCAAAUAUGCCUUAUUUUCAAACAUUUGUUUUAAUUCUUUUGUUUUGUUUGAAUUUUUUAAAAUAAAUUAUGAUGAUGGGAUUGGAAGCCCUGAGUAAUGAAAUAUUUGGUAAGAAUUGUUAAUUUACAUUGAUUGUUAAGGGUGAAAUUCAUCCCAGAGAAGAAGGCCCAGCACAAGAUGUUGAGCCUCAUUUAAGUCACAAUUGGGCGUGUUCUUGAUUGCUUUCCUGAAUCUGUGUUUAACAUGGGGCUCAGAUGGUGCAGAUGAGGGGCUGUUUUACUGGGCUGAAUUUCACUCUAAAACAAUAAAAGACUGUCAAAAGAAUAUAGGAAUUGGGAGGAAUAACCUCCUUUGAUUCAUGAUUAUCAGGGACCCGAUUCAGUACUUCAGGCUCAAGAAAGUUAACUACUGAAGUUAGCAAGAGAUUUUUUUACUUAAGGAGUGCUAAAGGGAUCCCAAAUAGUCAUAUUCUUCAGCUAUCCCCCGAUGCAAGGAUGAUGUCUGCCAAGAGGGUUCAUUGGUGAGUGGCUGAGGAGCCCAAGUAAAUUUUCCUUGAAUGAAAUAUUAAGGUGAUUUGGCUUAUAUUUAUACAUUACAUACAAAAUUAAAAUAACCCAGUAUAUAGAUUUUAAAUAUUUGUUGGUCAAAAAAGGAAUCAUUCUGUACCAAAGCAAGUUCCCUACCCCUAUCCCAUCCCCACUCGUUGCCAUCAAAAAUUUGGAUUUACAGUAGUAACCAGCAAGACUGUUACAGAAACUUUAAGUGAGUGCCUUUAGAAAACUUGGAAAUUUGUGCCUGAGAUGGUAAACUUUUAAUUAGGUUAAUUGUAGUGCUUACCAAUCAGUAAAUUCUACUAUCACUCAGGGCUUUCUUACCUUCUAGGUAACUUCCUUUAUUGUGUUUAUUUUUAUUUUUUUUUAAGUGCCAUCAUUUAAAUUUCACUUAGUAAGUGGCAGAUUACAUUAUUCAGUCCCACAAGCACAGAAACAUUGUAACACUAGGAGAUAUUUGAACUUUUAUUUUCCAAUUGACUGAAUAUGUUAUGUAAAUGAGGUAAGCAACUUUUUUGUAGAUUGUAUGUGUGAGAUAAUGUAAUGUUCUUUUCCAGUUUUUGGAUUACAGUUAAAUAUACUUUUUAAUUAUUUAAAGAAAACAUCUUUACAGAAUAACGUGAUGAGUUUUUUGUAUAAUGUAUUUGAUUUUGUAAAUAUGUAUUUCCUGAUGUGAUUUUUGUGAGAAAUGCUAAAUCUUUUAGUAUAUCAUGUCCUCUCAAAAUUGGCAGGAGCUAAAUAAUAGUUUGUGGGCAAUUUGUAUUGUGUACUGUACAAUAACUGGGGAACUUUUAUAAUUAUAAAAAUAUAUAUUAACUUUUAGUGUGUUGUUUAAACAAAUGACUGGAACAUACUAAAGAUAGUAGGAUUUUUCUGAAUAUUUCAGACUUGAACUCAGGCUAGCUUUCUUGUGUUUUUCAAAACAAAAUUGUGUCUUGUCUUUUAAAAAUCAAUAAAUUUGUUUUCUUGUUACAAACAAA